AUACAGCUGAAAAUACGUAUUUAUCAUUUAUAAACAGCUUAUAAACGAUAGCACGUGCUUUAGCUUGUCAAAUUUUCCAGACGGGAAUUAUGUAACAUAUUUUGACCGCAGUAUUUUCAUGUGUUACAACACAUCCUACCUCAGAUGUGCCCACGCCUUUUUGGAUGUGCUUUACAUUCUUGGUCCCUGGUGCGUUUUUACGCAAAACGGCACGAUGAGCGGCUGGGUGUCUCGGUGCGCUCUCUUGACCUCGCUCUGUCUCUUUCUAAACUGUACGGGCUCAGCGUCGACUUUCGAGGUGACACUGCUUCACACCAACGACAACCAUGCACGGAUCGAGGAGACCAGCGAGGACUCGGGGAAGUGUCCAGCUGGGGGGCCCUGCUUCGCUGGGGUCGCCAGGAGGUUCACUAAAGUAUCGGAGAUCCGGAAAAAGGAGAAGAACGUGUUGUUUCUGGAUGCUGGAGACCAGUUUCAGGGAAGUGUCUGGUUCAACUACUAUAAAGGCGCCGAAGCAGCUCACUUCAUGAACAAACUUGGUUAUGAUGCUAUGGCUUUUGGAAACCAUGAGUUUGACAAUGGAGUGGAGGGUCUGAUCAAGCCCUUCCUCCAAAAUGUAAAAUGCUCUGUGGUGAGUGCAAACAUAAAACCUGACCAGACUCUGGCCGCAAAUCUCAGCGGCUACUACCAGCCCUACACAGUCCUAAAUGUGGGCUCAGAGAAAGUGGCCGUGGUGGGCUACACCACUGCAGAGACCCCCUUCUUAUCCAUGCCAGGCCAACACCUAAAGUUUGAGGAUGAGGUGGAGGCACUUCAGCUUCAGGUCGAUAAGCUGGAAACCUUGGGCUAUAAUAAGAUCAUCGCCCUGGGUCACUCUGGCUUCGACAUGGAUCAAGACAUCGCCAAGCGUGUGAGAGGCGUUGACGUCGUUAUUGGAGGACACACCAACACAUUCCUCUAUACUGGAAACCCCCCAUCUACUGAAGUGCCGGCAGGUCCGUACCCUUUCGUGGUGAGGUCCAACGAUGGGAGAAACGUGCCGGUGGUGCAGGCCUUUGCCUUUGGGAAGUACCUUGGAUACUUGAAAGUUACCUUUGACAAGGAUGGGAAUGUGGUAAAAGCUGUUGGAAACCCAAUCCUAAUGGACAGCAGCAUACCUCAAGACCCAGAAGUCCUUGCCGACAUUGAGAAGUGGAAGAAAGACUUGGCUCAGUAUUCCGUACAGUAUGUCGGACAGACCAUGGUCUAUCUCAAUGGGACGUUUCAAGAGUGUCGAUUUCGCGAGUGUAACCUUGGAAACCUAAUCUGUGAUGCUAUGAUUAAUCACAAUAUAAAGUAUUCAAGUGAGCUGCAGUGGAACCACGUGGGCAUAUGUAUGCUGAACAGUGGGGCCAUACGGACAGCUAUAGACGAGCACUACAACAAUGGUUCCAUAACCAUGGAGGAGAUCCUCACUGUCUUACCAUUUGGAGGAACCUUUGACUUGGUCCAGAUAAAGGGAUCGACAGUGAAGAAGGCGUUUGAAUACUCCAUUCACAGAUAUGGAGGCAUGUCCGGAGAGUUUCUUCAAGUCUCAGGUAUUCACGUUCAGUAUGACCUCUCCAAACCAGUGAACCAGCGUGUAGUGUCCGUGUCCAUGCUCUGCACUGAGUGUCGUGUGCCCAAGUAUGAACCGUUAGACCUGGAGAAGACGUACACUGUGGUCAUGCCUUCAUACAUGGUGGGCGGAGGCGAUGGCUUUACCAUGAUCAAGGACGAGUUACUGAAGCAUAACACAGGUGACAUGGACAUUUCUGUUUUAUCCAAAUACAUCUCGGACAUGAAGCGUGUGUACCCUGCAGUGGAAGGCCGGAUCACGUUCAGGGAUUCGGCUUUCUUUACAGGCCACAGCCUUGGUUUAGUGCUGCUGGGUUUAUGUCUGUCCCUGACGCUCUGAUGCCUGUAAACACUGUCUGGAUAAACUGAAGGGCUGCUUGUAAACUCCCCAGGGACUCGGUUGACUGCCUUUCCAUCUCGUUUCUUCAAGGAUAACUAGAAGACAACAGGAUUGUAGAUUCAGUCAACGAUUUAAUCGGCUGAUUUUAAGGAGUGGAGAGAACAGAAGUUCUGUAUUAUAACAUCGUUCACACGUGUGCGAGACGGUAUAACUUAAUGAAGAACGUGAAUAUGAAAGUGGUAAAUAUAUAUUGGAUAUUACUAAUGUUGUUGAUUUAAAAGUGCAUGUAAGUACGUUUUUCUUGUGAAUCUAAAGGAACUGAAUUGUUAUGAACGUCUAAAAUAAGAUGCUUCACUAUAUAGUAUGAAAGAGCCCAAAGACUACAAGGCAGCUUCUUAGUGAGUAAAUAAACAGGAAGGGGAGCCUGUCUGGCUGCUACUGUAUAUCUGCCUCCCUUCACUGAACAGAUUGGAGCAAAACCAGCCAAAGCAUCAAAGUGUUCAUGCACCUGAAUGUGAACAUACGUAUUGUCUGAUGUAUUCCAGUUUUGUAGACUGUCUUCCAUCUUAAACUCAGGUCAAUUUCAUUUGACACCACUUCUAUAGAUUUCUUUUUAAAACAGCUCUGUGACUUCUCAACUAAUCUAAUUAUUAUGAAGAAUUAUUGCUGUUUGUCCAUCAUCCAGUUACAGAAACAAAGGUAUUGCUACAGAAGAUAUAUUGGCGAUAUGGUCUGUAAAGAGGCAGUUUUUCAUGUGUUCUUAUGACCAUUACCUGUUUGAGCCUCUCCCCGUAUGCACUAUGCAGAGAAAAAACACCCAGAACUGAUAGAAUCAAAUAUUUGUACAAAUUGAACACCGCUGUUCUGGUUUUUGUCAUUGCUUCCUUUGUUUAUAAAAUACUUUUGUAAGCCUGUUAGAAUAAAUUGAAAAGGGAAAUGGAAGGCAUUUUCUACAUUAUUCAUGUAGUCUUGAUUGACAAAUGGCAAUGUUUUUAAAUUAUUAGUUUGAAUUAUGUAUUAAAAUAUGUUUUUGGAUUGUUUCAAAUAACAAUUAGCAACAAAGUCCCUCCUGAAUAUUUAGAAAUUGUCCUGCAGACCUUAGUUUCAUUACUUACUCACUACUUAUUCAAGUUGCCAAGCCUGAAGUGAAGUGUUGUUCAUUUACUUUUACACUGUAGCUAAUGUUUUAUCUUGCAUUUUACAUGAAAAAUAACUUUAGAACAUAUUCGUCUCAUCUUUUUUAUUUUUAUGAUUCCACUGUGAACACUUUUCAAGCUCGAGGUGUUACAGGUUAUAAUGUGGAGUUCACAAAUGUGACAAUACCAUUUUUCAAUUCAUAUGAUUUAUUUAGCAAAGUAAGCUAAAUGACACACACAGCAGGAGAAUCCUCUUCUUGCUGUGGCAUGUAUCCAGGUCAGAUACUGUACGUGUGAUCUACAUGUUCAUGAAACCGAACUAACACAAGUCUGUGAAGCUGUUUCGUCUGGUUUAAUGCUGAGAAACAAUGUCAGCUAAUGUCCAGUAAAGUGUUCAUCUUACAUCCAUGGAGCCAUCACAGAGGUCUCUUUCUGUACCUGCUGAGGAAACAAAAGCACAGCAUGAGCACUGAAAUAGACAUUUUGAUCCAUUAUAUACAGCAUAUAUUUAUCAGUUAGAGUUACAGAUGAUAUGUAGGUAUGUAAUUAUUGACAUUUGAUUUGAAGAUGUAAAUAUAAAACAAAGCAUGUUAUUAUUACACAAUGAUUAUAUUGCUCUGUGAAAAAAUGUAUCUUAUUAAUGAAAAUAUCUUUUACUGUAAAUUAAAAGAAUUUCAAUGUUCAAAAGAUUAAGGAA